AUGAGACAUUAAUCAAAUGGAUAAAAAAUAUUUAUUGAAGGAUCACACCUUUUGUUAACUGAUGAUUCAAUUCAUUCAUUUAAACCAAGAUUCUCAAAAUAUAAGAAUUUUUAUACAAAGAAACCACUCUUUGAAUAUCAUUAUGUGACUCCAACAUAAAAACAUGCAAAAGAAAUUCUUGAUAAAAUAUGUUAUGUGAAUAAAAAGGCUUUGAUUACUGAAAGACCAGAAUCAUCAUUUUAAAAAAGAAAGGAUUUUUCUGUUGAUUAAUGUUUAACUACAAGAGGAUCAACAUAGCAAAAAUAUAUUAGAAUCAAAUCAAUAAAUAGAUCUAAUAUUAAACAAAUUAUCAGAUUAAGAUUGGUUAGCAUUUAUAUUGGAUUGAAAAUUCUAUAAUCUCACUUGAAUAUUUUUAUGAAUAUGUAUUUUUUAAGUUUAGAUAGUAAUAUUCUUGCAAUUUCUAUUGCUUUUUAUUCUUUAUUAAUCUAUUUAAUAGAUUAAAUUGAGUGA